AUGCCCAAACGGUUCCGAGAGGUGGCCGAGGAGGGCGGCGCGGCCUCAUGCUCUUGCGUCUACUUGGACACCAACACGCGCGUCCGCGUGCCCCCCAGGCGGCAUCGCAACCUGCGCGAGAUAUACCAGAAGCUGGGUCUCAUCCACAGGCGCCUCUACAGCGACGACCUCGGCGCGGUGCGACGGCCCUCACACAUUCGGCCCCACUGCCACAUUGGUCAGGUGAUCGGGCUCAAGAACAACGCAUGUAGGGAUUUGGGUGCGGUGCUGUGUUCCAUUUCAGCAGCUUUUGUCGCGGCUUCCGGAGGCCAGGCGGCGGGUCAGUGGGAGGCUGCCGUCAAUCAUCCCUCAGGCUCCAGCGCAGAGCCGGGGGACUUGGCAGAGACCUGGAGAGGGUGCGUCACUGGGAGCAGGCUGGCUGACACGCUGAACGUCGACACAUUCGUGGAAGGGUGUCUGUCUAAUGGCUUCCCAGCAGAACAAGACGGCAAAGAGAUGCUGCAGCGACUGCGGCAAUCCUUGUUGGGGCAGAUCGAAGAGCUGGAGGUUGGCAGGAGAAUCUGCAGGACUAGGAAGUCUGAGAUCAUGAAGGACAUGGAUGCAGACCCUCACGAAAUCGAAGGGUUGCUUUCCUCCAUCAGAUGCGGGCACAAUCGCAGUUUUUCAACACCUCCUGCUUCCCUGGUGGACAGCCUUUCUUGUGUUGACAUGGGGCAAUUGACAGGAUGCACCCUAACCGACUUAGGCGAUUGUGUGGCCGGGAGGGACAUCAUCCAGACCCUGAAGGCAGGAAUUCGAGCCGUUUAUAAUGUUGUCACAACGAUGUCAGAUUGCCUGAAUUCAAAAAGAUGGAGUGUGGGCAUCCCUGCGGCGCAGAGAUGUGUUAGAAAGCUGCAGGAAUUCGCACUCAAACGGAGAGCCUCAAAACAGCAGAGCGCCAUGGAAUCAGCAGCGGUGCUGAUUCAAUCUGCAUGGAGGGGCGCUUGUGUCCGGCACUGGUUCCUCCCCUACCGCUGGAAGGCCAACACAAUGGCAACCAAGAUCCAACGGGCAUGGCGGACACGAGGCAGCAGCCAGGCAGCCUCCACAGAACCGCAUGUGGUAUGCACCCACAAGUGUACAUGUCCAGAGCCCAGUGCUGUUGGUGAUGCUCAGGAUCAUGGGGUGUUGGGUCAGUACUCAGAGGCCCUGAAGCCCGUUUGGACAGCUAUGGGGAGGGCAAACAGUGUCCCUGCAGGAGGAAGGCGCAAGUCAGGCAGCUUGUGGUCCAUAGUCAGGCAGUGGCCGGGGUUCACUGAGCCGGAGCCGUCCAUGGGGACUUGUCCAGAAUCUGGUGUUGUGAGUGAUAUUGAGGAGGGCAUUGCUGGCCAAGUCGAGAUAGGCAGAAGUCAACCGAACAAUAAAGAGGACUCGAAGGUGUGGAAACAGCUGAAGGAAGUGGCAGUGGAUGGUGUUAGCGAUGAUCAUGUAUCACUGCCAAGGGACACAAAUAUGCCGCACUGUGGCUGUGCCAAGGAUGCUGACAACCUUUGCAACUAG